ACAGUAAAUCAGGACAUUAUAAAAGGAACAUGAGAGGCUGUGAGGAUGACAGAGCAAGAGCUGGAAACAAACAUCAGUGAAGAAUGAAGGCUUUAGUAUGUAUACUGCUGCUGUUGGAAACCUUUGUGUUUGUCGUCCAGCAGCAGGUAGAUGGAGGACUCAAUGAGAAUGAGAUCAGUCAACAGAUCAGCUCUGAGGACGGAAGACAGAAUCCACCUCAAACAGACACUUUGAGAGCUGAAGCUUCAACUGACAGCCAACAAUACUGUGAUCUGGGCAUCCCUGACAUCCAUGCAGCACUGAGAGAACUGACCGCCACCGUUACAGAGCAGAAAGGAAACAUCAGAGAACUGACUGCCACCGUUACAGAGCAGAAAGAAAAGAACAGAGCUUUAGAGACGCAACUGAGGGAUGAGAUGAACAAGAAAAAUGAAGAAAUUUCAAAUCUUACUCUGGGUCAAGUGGAGUUGAGAAAGGAAAAUAGAGACAGAGAAAUAGCUUUUUCAGCUGCACUUCUGGAAUCUGGCAGUGGACACAUUGGUCCUUUUACUACUGAAAUCACAAUAACCUACAGGAAAGUCUUCACAAACAUAGGGAACGCCUACAACCCAAUUACAGGUGUUUUCACAGCCCCACUGAAAGGAGCGUACAUGUUCAGAACCAAUGUACAUGGUAUUGGCGGAACUCCGGCAACUGCCGAAAUUUAUAAGAAUGGAAAGCAUGUGGUUAUGGCAAAUGCUAAUGUGCCUAACAAUGAUUUAAACUCCUCGAAUGAAGUUGUGUUGAUCCUGGAGGUUGGAGAUGUUGUCUAUGUGAGACUUUGGGCUAACAGGAGGUUAUUUGAUAAUGACAGAAACCGCAACACUUUCAUUGGUUUCCUACUGUUUCCCUUAAGAUAACAGGAGCUUUGAAGAAUAUGAUUCCAAUAAUUCUGAAAGUUCAACAUACACUCACCUA